CGAACAAUCUUCUACCCCAGAUUUGCGCUGUGGUCUCUUUGCCCAUCAAAGGAUCAAGGAAACAGGGUCUACGGGCGAUCCAAUUUGUGUUGGACGUCGACAACGACAAGCAUCGUACCCGACAGCAAACAAUCACACGAGCCCACGAGCCCACGAGUCCACGAGCGCUGAAAAGUCAACUAGUCUCUACGAAACCAAACUGCCAGGCCCUGCCGACCAACCCGCACCCGCCCCGGCCCAUCACUUGCAGGUCCAAUUCUCCUGGCCCGUGGCGUCGGCGGUCACCGCACCAGCCCAGAAGCGGUCUUAAGAUGCCUGCUGGCACCUGCACAGCAAGCAUACAGCGCUGUCCCUCUCGUCCCACACCCUCCUGCGCCGGCGGCAGGUAGAGCGGCACGUCUGGUGCUCCUGCGCCAGGCCCGCCCAUCAUGACGCGACGCAUCGUACGCACCAUCUUUCAGGUCGCAACGGCGGCGACGGCGGCCUUCAUCAUAAUCUUCUUCCUCGACCGCAACUUCCGCGUGCUCCCCGAUGCGAUCCACGAAUACAUGCCGACCCACCAUGUCGGCCUGGUCAUAACAGACAUGACGAUACAGACGUGCUCGAGCGUCAACCCCUUCUCGACCUGCCAGCUGGAUCCGCUAGUGUGGCACAGGGUAGAGAAGGACCUGUACCUCGGCAAGGGGAUGGUAACGAGCGCAUGGCUGCAUAUCCGCCGGCAGAAGGAGGGGGAGCUCAAGGCCGAGGACAAGGUCGUCUUGGAUGUUACUGUUGGCCGUCUUGAUCCCACGACCAGCGGGACAAAGGGUAAACCCCAGGACGACGCCAAGUGGGAGUCUAGGCCCGGUGGCAUCUGGCUCAAGCGGUCCUCCAAGCGCCACGCCAGCGACAGCAAAAACGUGGUCACGAGUGUCGACCUGCUUUUCGGCGACGACUCGGUCGAGGUGCGCGACGGCUGGCACAUCGUCGGCACCCCACUCCUGCUCGACGCAGGCUCCAAGAUUCCCAGCGCGCACCUAACCGUGCAAAGAGGAAGCCCGCCGGCACCGCCUCCCAAGCCGGUACCGCGCAUCCGCGACAAUGGCAAGUUCAAGAUUAUGCAGAUUGCGGAUCUGCACUUGGCCACGGGCACGGGCAAAUGUCGAGACGCGGUCCCGGACUCGUACAACGGCGGCAAGUGUGAGGCGGACCCAAGGACGUUGGAUUUCGUAAACAGGAUACUGGACGACGAGAAGCCCGACCUCGUCGUCCUCAGUGGCGAUCAGGUCAAUGGCGGCACUGCGCCGGAUGCGCAAUCGGCCAUUUUCAAGUACGCAACCCUUUUGAUCAAGCGCAAGAUCCCCUACGUCAGCAUAUUCGGGAACCACGACGACGAGGGCAAGACGCUGUCGCGGGCCAGCCAGAUGGCCAUCGUCGAAUCGUUGCCCUACUCGCUCUCCAAGGCCGGCCCAGAGGACGUGGACGGGGUGGGUAACUACUACAUCGAGAUCCUCGCGCGCGGCCAUUCGUCACACUCGGCCAUCACCGUCUAUCUGCUUGAUACGCACGCCUACUCGCCACAGGAGCGCAAGUACCCCGGCUACGACUGGCUCAAGGAGUCGCAGAUCGACUGGUUCUCCCAGACGGCGCAGUCGCUCAAGCACAAGCAUCGCGAGUAUACUCAUGUGCAUCUUGAUGUCGCCUUUAUCCACAUUCCACUCCCCGAGUACCGCACACCGGACCAACCAUAUGUAGGCGUAUUCAAGGAGGGCGUGACCGCCCCCAUGUUCAACUCGGGGUUCAGGGAUGCGCUCGUCGAGCAGGGGGUGGCCAUGGUCAGCUGUGGACACGACCACGUAAACGAGUACUGCACCCUAUCCAUGGACGAGGAAAAGAACCCGAAGCUGUGGAUGUGCUACGCCGGGGGCGUGGGCUUCGGCGGCUACGCGGGCUAUGGCGGCUACGACCGCAAGAUCAGGAUGUUCGAGUUCGACAUGAACGAGGGCCGCAUCACCACGUGGAAGCGGGUGGAGCACGGCGAUGCCGAGGCGCUCAAGGCCCGCAUCGACGAGCAGAUUGUCGUCGAGGAAGGCAAGGCCUACUAUGUUCCGCCUCCGCCAGAGGAGGAGAACAAGGAGGGGCAAUAACACGCGCAUGUGAAUUCAGGGCGGGGUGUUGUCCGAUGACGGACUUGUACUCUUUACGUGCGCGUUGUCUUGUCGCGUCUGUGUUUGUGUCUUGUCUGUGAGAGCAGGCCGGCACGCUCUGCAUUGUUCCGGCGUCAUUGUACUCUGGGGUUCUCAUACCUCAUUUUGGAAACGCAAAAAACAACAAGAUAAGUGUAUACAUAGCUUGGAAAACAAGAUACUUUUGGGUUGUCCGGCGGCAAGCCUGUGCCUCUAGAAU